GGCCUUUCAGCCAAGUGCGUCGCCUUCCCUUUCCGGUUCUUUAAAACAAGUGGCGAGUUUGAUUCAAGUCAAUGGUAAAACUCUGCUGGAUGCAUGGACCAACGGAACACUGGAUGAACCGCCGCGGCCCAGGCUUCUUAGCGGAGGGAAGGACUACGCUCCUUUCGCAUUCCUUGCCGGGAUUCCUGCCAUUGACAUCGCCUUCAGCACUCCCGGCGACGACGCGCAAGGUCCGGCCGGUAACCACCCGGCAUACGGCACUACGUACGACCGGCUUGACUUCGUGGAGCAGUUUCUGGACCCGGGUCUCAAGAGCCAGAAGCUGUGCGCCCAGCUGACGGGCUCCCUGGCUCAGCUGUGGGCCGACGCCGCCCUGCUGCCCUAUGACCUGCCCCAGCUGGCCAGGGACAUGAGGAUGGCACUCGCGCAGCUCGACAGAAGACAUCAAGCACAGCUCAGGACGCUGCGACUCUCCUUAGCUCCUCUGGAGAAGGCUGUCGAAGGGUUUGCUGAGGCGACGCGCAACUGGACCCACGCUGUGGAAGGCUCGGCAAGCCACAAUUCGUACGCUCAAAGAAGGAUGAACGACAGGAUGAUGCUUCUGGAGCGUCUCUUCAUCGGCUCCAGCGAACUGGACGACGGCCAAGCUAUCCCCAGGCCCCUUGCGUUCGGACCGCCCAGAGGAGACCCCUACCGCGGCACUGGCUUCCCGGGCCUGGAGGACCUUCUGCAGGCAGCCGAGGACUCCGGCCCCGGCGCCUCGCAGCUGUACAGGAACCCCCUGCUGCGUCACCUGGACCAACUCGCGCUGGUCGUCGGAAGGGCGGCGCGGUUCCUCAGGGAGCCACCGGACCUCUGGGAGCCCUGACGCGUUCUAACGCCUCCGAGGUCUCUAACGACCGCGCGGUGACUGACAACUUAAAGAAACGCGGUUCCAAGUAAUCACAGUGUCGCUCCUCGGCCAACGUCGCGUUCAUCGAGAAGAACCGCCACGCCCGUUGGGUUCACCGUCACCACUCAGUACCGUUGCUAAAGGUGUAGCCCUACCGCGCCAAAUCCGCGACAUGAUCUCGAAACGCACAAGGGGUAAAAUACCGAUACCGGUGUACCCGUCGCCAUUAAACAUAUUCGUCACUGGAUUCAUUUGUUACUUUAGGACGGUAACGCUAAUAAUGCUCCUUUUUUUUCUUUCUUCCCACCCUAAGAGCGAACUUUUAUUUCCAGUUUAUGGCGGGGGACGAUGUCCGGGUGCUUUAAUUAUCGUAUUAAACAUAAUCGCUUUCCUAUAGCCCUUUAAAAUUAAGUUGUAUUUCAGUUUAUUCCCGAAAAGAAAGCCGUCUCAUCUAGAAACGUGUACCGGAAGUACACCCUCCCUCGAGUGUGUCGUACAUUUUUUUUUUUUUUGCGCCAAGGCGCAGUGGUGAGGCAAAAUCGAGCUGUUUAAGUGCGUUCCACCGUGUCGCGUGCUCAGAAGUUGACGGGUCAAUAUCGCAAAACUUUGUGCAUUCAAGGCUGGAAAAAAAAAAAAAAAAAAAAAUAUGGCGUGCGAAAUUUAAUCAGGCACGAAUAUGUAAAAGAGAUCGAUACUUCGGAUCAUUAAGGCUGUACGAAAAAUGAAAUGGGAAGGUAAAUUUCGGUGUGAUUGGAUAUCGCUUUAAAUCGCCAUUGUCCGCGACACCCCGAGCGCAGCCAAUAGGUUUGAGUCGAUAGGACAGAAAGCAGAUUCGAUAUGAGUGUGUUGAAAUAGUGCGAGGUUUGUCCGCAGCCAAAGUAUGGCGACCGUGGUACACACUCUGGUUCGUAAAUAUAGCCAUCUAUGUACGACCGCUAGCCUUUCGCGUUAAAUCGCCACGCAGCGAUGACACUCGGCGUCACGCCAUACGAUCAUUUCGGACAAAUAAAAUG